ACCCCCUCAAGUCCUCAACUCAACUGCCGUUUUUUUUUUCUCGAUUCUUGCUUGCAGCAGCUCUGAAUUAAAUAAUUAUUUAUAUCAUAUAUUAGCAGCGGCCGAAACAACCAUAACUAAAGAAACAAACAUGGGUUCAAAGAUAAAAGAUAAAAAACUGAAGACAAAGAAGAAGGGGUCUGCCAUGAAAGAUGCCCAAAAGGAAGAAGAAGAAGAAUACAUUACAACUCAAGAAGAAGAAGAAGAAGAAGAAGCACCUAUUAGUAUUGUUAAGUCCGUUGAAAAUGUCAAAGGACAUAAGAAUCAGUUACAAAGACUUUCAGAAAAAGAUCCAGAAUUUUAUGAAUUCUUGAAAGAACAUGACAAAGAGCUUCUUGACUUUGAGGACGAGGGAGACGAUGAGACUGACAUGGAGGAUGAGGACACACAAGAAGGUGAAGAUGAAAAGGCUCCGAUGGAUCACGUUGAUGGUUUAUCGAAAAAAGAAGAUAUAAAAACAAUAACCAGUGAAAUGGUGGAUUCAUGGUGCAAGGCGAUUAAGGAAGAACGUAGAAUAGGUGCAAUUCGUAAUAUGAUGAGAGCUUUUAGGAGUGCUUGCCAUUGUGGUGAUGAUGAUAAUGAAUCGAAGUUGACUUCCAUGUCGUUUCCUGUCUUCAAUAAGAUAUUGCUGUUUGUGUUAAGUGAAAUGGAUGGAAUCCUUAGAACAAUCUUGAAGCUCCCACCAUCUGGAGGGAAAAAGGAGAUGAUUCUUGAAUUAAUGAAUACACGAGCAUGGAAAAAUUACAACCAUUUAGUAAAGUCAUAUCUUGGUAAUGCUCUUCAUGUUUUAAACCAAAUGACUGACACAGAUAUGAUAGCGUUCACAUUACGUCGUCUGAAGUUCUCUUCUGUAUUUCUUGCUGCUUUUCCUAGCCUGCUUAGGAAGUAUAUAAAGGUUGUUCUUCAUUUUUGGGGGACUGGGGGAGGUCCACUACCAAUCGUCUCGUUGCUAUUUUUAAGAGAUAUAUGUGUACGGCUCGGUUCUGAUUGUAUAAAUGAUUGCUUCAAGGGAAUAUAUAAAGCUUAUGUCUUAAACUGCCAUUUUGUGAAUGCAACCAAACUUCAACACGUACAAUUUCUUGGAAAUUGUGUCAAUGAGCUUUUCAGGUUGGACCUUCCAUCGGCAUAUCUACAAGCAUUUGGUUUCAUACGCCACUUAGCAAUGAUUUUGCAAGAUGCAAAUACCACAAAAAGAAAGGAAAUCUACAGAAAAGUUUAUGAAUGGAAGUAUAUGAACUGCCUUCAACUUUGGACUGGAGCCAUUUGUGAAUUUGGUUUGGAACCUGAUUUUCAGCCCCUCACGUAUCCACUGACUCAAAUAAUUUCUGGGGUCCUUCGUUUGGUCCCAACUGCUCGUUAUCUUCCCCUUAGGUUACGCUGCAUUAGAAUGCUAAAUCAAAUUGCAGCUGCUACACAUACUUUUAUUCCAGUUGCAGUGCUUCUUUCAGACAUGUUGGAUAUGAAAGAAUUACAUAAAUCGCCAACAGGAGGUGUCGGGAAAGCCAUUGAUUUGUGCACUGUGUUAAGGGUUAGUAAGGCGACUAUAAAGACACGAUCGUUCCAGGAGGCAUGUGUUUUCUCUGUUAUUGAAGAGCUCGCUGAACAUUUAGCUCAAUGGAGCUACUCACCUGCCUUCUUUGAGCUUUCCUUUGUUCCUGCUGUUCGUUUGCGUAAUUUUUGCAAAUCUACAAAAGUUGAGAGAUUUCGUCGUGAAAUGAGGCAAUUUAUUCGUGAGAUUGAGGCUAAUACUGUGUUUACUAACAAAAAACGAAUUUCAAGUACAUAUUCACCAAAUGAUCCUGCUGCAUCGUCCUUUAUGGAGGAUGAGAAAAAGAAGGGUGCUAGUCCUCUUUCUAAAUAUGUUGCAAUAUUGCGUCAAAAAGCACAAGAAAGAAACGAGUCGUUGGCUGGAUCCAGUGUAAUAGUGGGUGAAAAAGCAUCAAUUUUUGGUAAGAAGAGGGCAAAUCGUGAUGAUGAUGACAACGAUGAUGAUGAAGAUGAUGAUCUGAAUGUGGAUGGUGCUGCAGUGUUUAGUUCUUCUUGGUUACCGAGUGGAGAUCAGAAGGCAAAGAAUCUUGAAGAGGAUGAAAAGGAUAAAAAGGAAAAGAAGAGACAAAAACAGAAGAGUAAUGCUAAAAAGGCUGCCGGUGAUGAAGAUGUUGUGGAAGAUUUCGUUCUUAGCUCAGAUGAAGAAGAAUCGAGUGAUGAAGAAGUUCCGAUUGAAACUGAAGAUGUUAAAACGAAAGCUGUGCCUUCGAAACAUGUAAGGCACAAACGGAACAGGACUGAGAAAUCGUCAAAAGGUAAGGGAAUUAAUGCAAAGAAUAAGUCGAAGAAAAGGAAGACGGCACAUUAAUAGUGACAGCAUUUUUAAUAGCAUAAUUUAUUUAUUGUUGUCUUUGCAUUUGAUACAAUUUAGUUUUGUUUUUUUUUAAUGUUUGUUUGGAGUUAAGAUCUUGCAAUUUUGAGCGCUGGAAUGCAUUGAAUUAAAUAGAAAAGUUGACUAUAGAAGAGUCAAGAAACAAUGUAGAUGGUUAUAUGCUGUGUUAGACUAGGUCACCAUUGUCUUAGCAAAGAACUCGUUACCUCGGUAGUCUAGGGAUCAGUUUGGACUUUGCAAUUUGCAAGUCGACUUUAGCCCUUCUCAUUGCGAAUCAUUAUACAUCACCAUGGUCAAACAUAUUUCAUGCACAAA